GUGUUGCCAGUAGAUAGAAAAAGGUGGCAAAAAACCAUUGGUAACUUUGAAUAAAUUUUAUAUUUCGUUGUGUUUACAGCUUUACUUAAUACUGAACGCAUCAUAAUAAAUGUCAAUGUCAGAACUGUCUAAACUGAUAUAACCUCAAAAGAUUAUAAAACAGAUAUUGCUAAUAUUAAGAACAAUAUUUUCUCGUAUUUAGCAAAGUUCUUUCGUAAUUUUAAAGUAAAAUAAAUUAAAUUAAUUACUUUGAAGUGCCUUUCACCGGUACAAUGAAUAUAGCUCGUACAAUUUGCACAAUACGUAAUAAAAAUGUCAGCAAAACAGUGUACAGAAACUUUCGUAUAUCUACCACAAACUACGAUUCAACACACGCAUCGCAGCCUAAAGUUCAAGAAGAGAAGUACGACUUUGAAGAUUUAAAAGUUAUAGAACGCGCUGAGAACAGAAAAGCAGCUAUACAGCCUUUUAUGAAAAAUGUAUUCGUGUCUAUAUUCGACCGGGAUUUGCUGGCGUAUCCCGAGAUUUUGAACAAAGAUGAGAGCGAAGAGUUGGAUAGGAGAGUGAGUAGGCUGCAGACGGUGUUUGGGGACGAGAAGAAAACAAAAGAAGAGCGCAAGGAAGUGUUGAGACAGAACCAAAUGUAUGCAGCGCCUGUUGCCUUAACACUUGGUGGGUUGGCUAUGAAUGUAACGGAGAGUAUAAGAUACCUAGAGACAAUAUCAUCAGACCUCCAACUCGGUCAGCAGCUGAGCGAUCACUGGGUAGCCCUGGAAGCUUUAAAAGCUGGUCUCCGUUCAGAACAGUUCCGGCAGAUCCUGGAUGACUUGGUAUCGGGAGAGCAGACAGUUUCGCUUUGUGUGAAAGAGAAGUUAGCGGAGAGGAUAUCGCAGCCGGACUUUAGAACUAUUGCAGAGAUGGAUGGACAAGAAAUAUGGAGAGUCUCCGGUGAAAAAGUCUGCAAUGCAACCUCCGGGUACUUCUUAGUCCUAGGCAGCUCCGAGGCGGGCCGGCUCAGAGCGUUCUUGGUGCACCCGGGUGCUGCCGGCGUGUCUGCUACUGGGGACUUUGUCACCUUCCAGAAAACACCAGCAACACCACUCGACGAAGUGACAGAGGCAGGGCUAGCACAGAUCCUGGGAGCCUCACGGCUCCACACUGCGACCCUGUGCCGCUGCAGUCUACAACGGGCCAUGCUAGCCGCUACUGACUAUAUCAGAGACAGGGUUUUCAAUGGUAAACCACUAUCAGAGAUGCCAAUACUCCGCGCCACCAUAGGAUCCGCUCUACUCGAUAUAUACGCGUCAGAGAGCGCAGAGUAUUUCACAGCUGGCUUAUUGGAUGGAUACCUUAACCCUGAUGCUGAAUUGGAGAUGGCUAUGUGCAGAAAUUUCAUAUCGUCCGCCGGUCUCGCCAGAAGUCUGGAUCUCCUGUCGAUCCCCCCAUUGGAAAACCAGAAGGAAUUCAGCCGGUACCUUGAAGACAUGCGGCUACUUACGUUCAGGGGAGAGAAUAGAGAUGGCGUUAAUGUCUUCAUUGCACUGAAUGGCAUCCACCACGCCGGUAAAGUGAUGGCGGAAGAGAUAAAGCAGAUCAGGAAUCCGCUGUUUCAUCCCAGUUUCAUAGUUAAGAAGGUCUUCGCGAACAGGCAUCAGGAAAAAGACGACCCCAAAUUGACCCUGUUCUUAGCCGAACAUUUACACCCGUCGCUCCGUCCGGCCGCCGAACAAUUAGAGUACAGUGUGCUGAGGAUGAGGUUCGCCUGCGAGACUAUUAUGGCGCGGCACGGGAACAAAGUUGGGGAGGCGUUCACUGAACUGAACAGACUGGCCGAGGCGGCGACAGAGAUUCUAGUCAUGACUGCCGUCCUAGCUAGGGCUUCAAGAUCAUACUGCAUUGGAGUACGCAACGCCGAACUCGAAAUGAAGUUAGCAGCGUGCUUCGUCGAACAAUCUCGAGACCGAGUGCGGAAACUAAUCAAAGAAUUGGACGACGGUGAAUUUAUCAAUUUGGACCAUUUCAAACUGCAGUUCGGGAAACGAGUGCUUGACAGCAAGUCGGCUGUCGUUGAGAAGGCUACAACUAGAGUGUUUUGGUAGAAUAUACGUUGUAAAUUAUU